AUGUCUAACAAACGUAAAAUUGAAGAUUUUUAUUCAUCAUCAUUAUCAUUACCAUUAACAACAACUGAAGGUAAAUUUGAUUUGAUGUCAUAAUUCUAUUACUUAAUAAUUGUACUUUUAGCUCGAUUUCCUUC